AUGCACGACACCGGGGCUGCGGCGUCCUCAUCGGGCCGUGCGUUCACGCGGGACUUGCGUGAUACACAUGACCGCUUGCGUGGACAGACAGCGAGCUACUCCAACGCCCAGAUUGCAGGAUACUAUGCCCGAGACCGUGGGGACGCGGAGUCCGAAGUCCCAGCCGGAUCUGAGGACGAGUACGACGACGAUAACAUGGGCUUCACACGCUAUGGGCAUGGCAGCCCUCCCGGCCCUCCCUCCAAGAAGUCACGAUCACUCUUGGGGUCCUCUCCCCGCAAGCCUGCACUCAAGCGCCCUCCAAGCCAGACCCUGACAGAUCUUCUGGAGAAGGACGAUGACAAUGACCUUGCUGAGAACCCCGGUCAAGGCACAGAUGAUGACAUGGCCAACGCCAGCCAGCGUGAUAAGCCGGACCUGGAUCUGUUUGGAGUUCCGAGUCCGGUCGAAGUGCCGAGUGCCACACGUGGCCGCGGCGGCGGUCGCGGUAGAGGUGGAAAGGGCGGUGGACGCGGGAGCAAGAAGGGCGCAGAUGCGAGCAAGAAUCCGGGCAAGAAGGGUGCAGAUGCAGCUGUCCCGCCGCAAGAGCUGCUAUUCAAGCAGCUGGAGAAGGAUCGUGCAGCCUUUGCAGACCGGGUUUUGUGGGAGACGCGCGUGAAGGACAAAGCGGUUGAGAAGAUGGGCAAUAACUUGGAAGCCUUGAUCGACAAGGUCUUGGCUACCGAUGAGACUCCGGAUGCAGUUCUCAUGGAGGACUGUGGGAAUAAUAAUGGAUCAGUAGGUGAGGCACUGGCUUUCAUGGACGGCGCAAAGAAGAAGAACUUUCUGUUCAACGCCAUGCAGAAGUCUAUCGAUUGGCUCCAGGCGGGCUUGCAGGAGGACGACCUGAUCACGCUGAAGAAAGUGGACGCUUCGCUCCUUUCCGAGAUCUACCUAGCGAUCGCCAAGCAGUUGCACACGGCAGGGCCGAAGGUCACUGCUGACGAGGAAAAGAAGCGGGCAGAGCUGUUCCUCAAGAUGGUCGGCCUUGGCAAGACGGAUACCACCGAUCGGUUCUUCAGCUUGCAGAUCUACAAGGAUGUUCUUGCCAAGGCUGAGGUGACCACUUCGGAAGCCAUGGCCGUGCAACUUCAAAGUCAGAUCAUGACGACGUGGUGGGACAAGGUGCUGCGCUUGAAGGACGCGAACAAGAUGCGUGCGCUGAUGGCCUGUAUGUCUGCGGUACCUGCCCUGGAUCUGGGCGCAGUCAAUGACGACUUCUUCCAUGGCCAGAUGAACGAAAGAGACCUAUAUGGACCUACCGUCUUGUUCGAGGUGCAGAUGGUGCGGACCAUGCUCGGCAAUUACGGUGAGGACCUGUGGCUUGGUAAGUUACUCUGUCUCUAG